UCCAGUCGGAGAGGCUUCUUUAAACGGGAUGGAAAACCGUGCAAACAGCCUGACCGUGUUUUCAGGAACGAAUCGGGAAACAAUGAAGCGUUUCAUGCAGGUGACACAGCUGAGCGUUUUUGUUCAACUGCAGAAGAGCUGAGAGAGAAAGCAGAGCUCAGACAUGCAGCUCUGCAAGCAGCCAGGGACUGACUGGUCAGGGCUUUUUGUCUGCGCUUUCCUUUCCUUUCCUUUCCUUUCAUGCAGUAAUCACUGCAGAGUAUCAGCUUCUUUCCUUCAUGCACUGGAGUCUUUAUUUGUCUGAAAAUGUCCUGGUCUUAGUUCACAAUUAGUGCAGAGAGACAGGAGAGACUGAGAGCAAUGGCUUGCAUCAGUGGAACGCUGCUGCGCUCGCGCUGAUGGGCAACAAAAACGCAGAUGAAGGUGAACAAGAAGAAAAAGAGGAGAUGAUCAUUUCAUUCCCAGGUGAAGUGAAGUCUGGAAUAAACAUGGACUUUUUUUCUCCGACUCAGUGUUACAGCUGCUCUUACUUUGUGUCCUUGAGUCCUCUCGCGAAUGGAGGUGUCAAAUAAACAGAUCUGGCUUUUCUAAUCCAAUUGACAAACACAGCGCCAGAUGUGGAAGGAAACAUCUGCAAUGUGAUCCAAGGAGUCACCUGCGCUUCCCACAUGAUGCUGAAGGUCGGAGGGAUGAAGCUUUUCUUAAUGAAGGGCUUGUUAUUCCUGCGCUGGGCAUGGCUUUGUUUGGCUGCCUGUGGUGGGAAGGUGGAGCUGCACACAGAGAGAAGAGGAGUGAUAUACAGUCCAUCCUGGCCUCUAAACUAUCCUGCUGGAGUCAAUUGCUCCUGGAACAUCCAGGGGAACCGCGGUGAGGUCAUCACUAUAAGCUUCCACAGUUUUGACGUGGAGGAGUCGGGGGGAUGUCGGGGAGACUGGCUGCUGCUCGGCCCCACGUGGAAAGACGAGUAUCGCGUAUGCGGCUCGACUCUGCCUCCUCCAUUCAUCUCCUCCAGAGGUGCGGUGUGGCUCCACUUUCACUCGCAGGCCAACAGCUCGGGACAGGCGCAAGGCUUCCGGCUCUCCUAUAUACGCAGUCGUCUGGGAGAGAGCAGCUGUGAGAGUGAUGAGUAUCUAUGUGGUAAUGGGAAGUGCGUGCCGCGCUCCUGGCGCUGUAACGGUCUGGAUGAAUGCGGAGACAACACGGAUGAGAGGAACUGCAUUGGGCCUCCCACGCCCGCGCGGGCCAGCCUGUGCGCCCCGGGUACACUGGAGUGCAGCCUCGCCCAGUCGACCCACUGCCUGCCCUCAGCGCUGCGCUGUAACGGCGUGCACGACUGCCCCGACGGCUCUGACGAGGCUCAGUGUCCUGACAUGGUGUGCGGAAAACGGCUGGCCAACUUCUACGGCAUGUUCGCCUCGCCCGAUUUCUUCCGGCCAAACCGCAGCACUGGCACAGACCUCUACUGCACCUGGUUCCUGGACACCCAGGACCCGAAGCCUCUGCUGCUGCGGUUGGACCUGCAGUUGGGAGCGGGCGACUCGGUGCGUGUGUAUGACGGCCUGGGGCAGCAAGCUGAGCGUCUGCUGCAGAGUCUCACACACCACAACAACCAGCGUUCAGCAGUGCUGGAGUCCUCGCAGGGGCAGAUGAGCGUCCUGUACCACGCCAAACCACACAGCCAGGGGCACGGCUUCAACGCCUCCUACCAGGUGAAAGGUUACUGUUUUCCGGGUGAGAUCCCGUGCGGUCCAGAUGAGGGCUGUUACUCUCAGCAUCAGCGCUGUGAUGGUUACUGGCAUUGCCCGAGUGGCCGAGAUGAGGAGGGGUGUGCGCUGUGUGCCCCGGGUCAGUACCCGUGCCAGGGGGCUGGAGGUGUGUGUUACUCGCCUCACGAGCGCUGUGAUAAUCAGAAACAGUGUCCAGACGGCUCGGAUGAGAAGAACUGCUUCUCCUGCCAGCCGGGAACGUUCCACUGCGCGACUAACCUGUGCAUCCUGGAGACGUGGCGCUGUGACGGGCAGGAGGACUGCGCUGACGGCAGCGACGAGCGUGAGUGCCAGGCUGCAGUGCCACGCAAAGUGAUCACGGCGGCGCUGAUUGGCAGCCUGGCGUGCGGCUUGCUGCUCGUCAUCGCCCUCGGCUGUGCUUUCAAACUUUACUCGCUCAGAACGAGGGAGUACCGAGCGUUUGAAACUCAGAUGACUCAGCUGGAGGCGGAGUUUGUUCAGAGAGAAGCUCCGCCCUCAUAUGGUCAACUGAUUGCUCAGGGUCUAAUCCCACCUGUGGAGGAUUUUCCUGCUUAUAAUCCUGCUCAGGCGUCUGUCCUGCACAGUCUCCGCUCAGCCAUGCGGAGACAGAUGAGGCGUCAUUCUUCCCGCCGAAUGGCAUCGCGCCGCAGACUGGGUCGCCUUUGGAGUCGUCUGUUCCAGCGUGGGAGUCGGCUGCGUGGUCAUAUCCUCCUCCUUACACCGCCUGGGCGCACACACACUCCCUCACAGACACACCCUCUGCCUUCUGGUCACACACACGUCAGCUCUCGGACUGGGAAUAACAGCCACUGUGCUGUGGAGGGGCAGAGCGGCGAGUGGGUGGACCUGCAGGCUCACGCCGAGGCGCUGUGCUUAGCCGAAAGCGGGUUGCCGGCGUCAUCACCCACAUCACCAGCCCUGCCACGCUCCACCUCAGACACGCUGGAGGACGAAGACGACGAGAAUGAUGACGAGGAUCGUAAUCGAGCAUCAGAUCUUAGGCCCAGAGAUGAGCGCAGAUCAUGUGGAGCUCCAUGUCGACCCUCACGUCUACCGUUUCAAUCACGUGUGUCCAGGAGGGUCGUCCAGGGACUCGCGGCAGAACUGGGAGCCACGCCAGUGACGCGCUACUCCAUACUGGGACUCUCUCCUCUGUCCACGCCUGAGUCUCUGACGUCAUCCAGCAGCCAGAAUGAGGACGAUAUGAAUUCACCGACACACACUGAUCCCUGCGCAAACACUCGCACUGAUCCACACACUGACCUUAACACACACUCAGCAGUUAGAGAUAAAAGUGUAAAGCGAAACGGGAUGCAAAGCGGACAAACGAGCAGUGACGAAGACGAGGACGAUGUUCUGUUCAUGCACUAGAGGGCCUUCUUCAUCCUCUUUUAAACUUUUUACAACUUUAACAGAAAUCUUGAUCACAGAGUGUGUGGAAAAGUUUAACAAUGACCAUUCAACACAGAAUACUUCAAUCAUGACAUCAUUUUUAUUAUAUACAUAACACUGUAGACUGAAUCUCUUUAUAUUUUGCAAAACAGAAAUAACUGUAGGUGCAGACAUGAGGAGUCAGGAAUGUGUGCAGACGUGGCCAGAGGAUCUUUGGGGGGGAUGUGGGCGUGGUCACAGUUUCUGCAGGAGCAUGUGGUAUGUGGUCAAACAGGUAGGUGAGUGUGGUCAAAAUUUCUGUAGGAUUGUGUGGGAGUGUACUAAGCGUUUCUGCAGGAACAUGCGAGGUGUGGUUACAGAAUGUGGAGGCAAGUGUGUGGGUUACGGUACCUGUUGGAGCGUGUGGAUGUUCUACAGUUUCAGAGUUCAGCAGUUUCUGAGUUCCUCCAGGAGCAUGUAGGUGUGUUCAGUUGGUGCAGGUAUAUUUGGGGGCGUGGUCAGUGUUUCUGUAGGGGCAUAUCGGUAUGGUCACAUUUUCUACAAGGACACGUGGGUGUGGUCAUUGUUUCUGCAGGAGCAUGUGGGCGUGGUGACAGAUUGUGCAGGGACAUGGCUGUGUGGUCAUAGUAUCUGUAAGAGCUUGGGGUCUGGUCGGUGUUUUUGUACGAGCAUAUGGAGGUGGGCAUUGUUUCUCCCGGGCCAUGUAGGCGUGGUCAAUGUUUCUACAGGUGCAUAUGGGUGUGGUCACGUUUUUUUUGUACGAGCAUAUGGAGGUGGGCAGUGUUUCUCCUGGGGCAUGUAGGCGUGGUCAGUGUUUCUACAGGUGCAUAUUGGGUGUGGUCACGGUUUGUACAGAUAAAUGUGGGUGUGGUCUGUUUCCGCAGGGACGUCUGUGUCUGGUUAGAGUUUCUUUAAGAGCAUCUGGGCGCUGAGUCCCAGUUUUUGCAGGGACGUCUGAGUGUGGUUAGAUGGUUUACAGAUGCAUGAGGGCGGGAUCAGAGUUUCUACAGAAGCAUGUGGGAGUGGUUAUAGUUUCAGGUGGGCGUGAUUAGCGUUUCUGCAGUUUUUGGCUCGGGAUUAAAAAGCACAGUCUUGUGCACAUUUCCCAAACAUGAACCUGAAUGUGGGAUGAACUAAAAUACGCACAUUUUUGAAAAUCUGCUUUACAAAUUAGAACCAGUGGAGUGCUCGUUCUCACUACACGUCUUUAUUCCCUGUAAGUCUUUACGAGUUUGAGGAUUGAAAUCCAGAUUAUAACGUAAAGAUGGAUAAAGUGUAUCAACUGUGCCCGAAGUGAUGUUUCAGGACUGAAGUUUUGUGCAAAACGGUUAAACGUGGUCACUCGUGGCCGUAAUUGCGGUGCGUAAGGCUCUCUUUUGGGGAGCAGAGAUCUCAGGGAUGUGUGUGCUGGUUUCUGGAAGAAUGUGUCAUUAUAUUUAUAUCCAUACUUGUGUCUGAUCAGCAUGUGGUGGUGAGAUGUUGUGAUUUGAGGAUGUGGUCAGUGUUAGUUUUCUGUAGGCAGCAGUUAGAAAUGGAUAAAUACCUCGGAGGAAGAAGGAGUGAGAUUAUAGACCUGAGCGCGCACACACACACACACACGCACACACACUGCAUUAUUUUAUUAAGGUAUUUGUUCUGACACAAGCUGCUUGUGAGAAGAGUUGUGAAAAAGUGGAAAGGUGAAAGAUUUUAUGGACUUAAGUAACGCCAUACAUACAAACGGGUGACGAAUUAAAGGAAAAACGCUGGCCCUGUUAUGAUCAAGGGGGUGUAUUUAUUUUUUCACCAUGAUCUGGCUCCACUUGUUCCCUUAGACUGAAGCGUCACUGCAAAUCAAUACAAAGUUCUUGUUUGAUGAAACAGUCCUCUCCUGGUGGGGGUGGUCUCUUCCUAGAUGACUCCGCCCCCCAUCCACAGUGCACGAGGGCUCACUGAAUGGUUUUAUGAGGAUUAAAAUGAUGUAAUAUCGUAUGCUAUGGCCUUCACACUCACCACGUCUCAACCCUGUAGAACAUUUCGGAAUGACGUGUUAGACAGCGCUCUCUCAACACACCAGGGGAAAAUCUUUCGGAAGAACGCUGUUCAUUGCUCCAGUACAGAUCCAGUGACUUGUAGAAUUGAUGCCACGGAGCAUUGAAGCUGUUCUGGUGGAUACUUCACGUUGUUUUUUCCUUUCAUUUGUCACCCUUCUGUAUAUCGUAUACCUCUGGGAUUUGAUUUUAUUCCACCAGGAGUGUUUUUGGAAGUAAAAAGGUGUGAAAGGUUGAGCAAUAAGGGACUUUAAACUGUGAGAGGAACAUCGUUCAUUUCUAUUUCCUGUUUAAUCUGGGGUUGUUAUUUUAGCCACAUCUUGGUGAUCUGAUGGUUAACUUUAAUUAUUUAGACUAAAUUAAAACGUUGGACAGGUUGUAGGAGGAUCCAGAGGCCCACUAAUGCUUACUGGUCACUUUUUUUUUUUUUUUUCAGUUUUGUCAGUUUAAUUAUUCCUGUACUAAUUUAAAGUGGUAAAAUCCCUUGCUGUUUUAAUCCUGGUCAGAUAACGUGCCAAUGCAGAGAGAGCUAUCAGAACAAAUACUGAAUGUGUCGUGUUUUUACAGCGAGAGGAAUUUGGAGUUAAUGUGCCAUUGGAGAGAUUGUGCGCUUUCAGAAACCACUGCUGCUAAGUUGCGUAAGACAAAGUAUCUACUUUUGUGGGUUUUUUUUUUCCUUGGCUCUUAUACGUAGAUUGUACUCAAAAACGUAAUUAAAACAUUUCUUCAAAAUAUUCGUUUUUCACUUCUUUAUUAUCUUUCAUCUGACAUUCAUCUGUCAUCAUUCAUAUCAAGCCUCUGGCUAGUAAGUAUAUCACUGCAGUGAUAAGAAAAAGUCUAACACUGUUUGAAAACAUCAGCUGCACUGUAUAUGCAGGUAACUCCUUCCUUCCAACGAGCAAGUGCAGAAAAUAAAUAUCAUUCAAAUUUUCCACUCAAAUAACCAGCGAAAACAAUUACUUCUGGUAAAAAAUCAUCCAGAACGUUUUUGACACUCCUAAGUAAUUUUUAGAAUUAAAGCAAAAUUUGUGAUCCAAGAAUAAUUUUCUUUUCCAGUUGCUCUUAGUAUUCAGAAAUUCCUCACAUGUGAAAACCAAAAAGCAUUUCACACAAUGGACAAAUGGUUUUGUCGGUGCCAAUAAUUCAUGAAUAUUUCAUGAAGAACAGACAAGCAGAAAUGGACGAGAGAUAACCUUUGAUUCUUUGAGUUU